AUGUUUUUGGGAUCCUGGCCUUUUUCUCACCUUAUGCUCUGGCUUGCGGCUCCCAGAAGACAGCGAAGACACCGUGGCCUUGCAGCCUGCAAGUUCCUGCAGUUCCUGUACCUCCUGGCCCUCAUGUCCAUCCCUCAGCAGGUGUGGGCGCCCCCUUACAAGAUAGGGGUUGUGGGCCCUUGGGCUUGUGAUCCUUUGUUCUCAAAGGCUCUGCCUGAGGUCGCUGCUCGAUUAGCCAUUGAGCGGGUCAACAGGGACCCAUCAUUUGACCCGGGUUACUCUUUCGAAUAUGUGAUUCUCAAUGAAGACUGCCAGACUGCCAGAGCCCUUGCCAGUUUCAUUUCUCACCACCAGAUGGCCUCAGGAUUUAUUGGCCCUGCCAAUCCUGGCUACUGUGAGGCAGCCUCGCUCCUGGGAAACAGCUGGAACAAAGGGAUUUUCUCCUGGGCUUGUGUGAAUUACGAAUUAGACAAUAAAAACAGCUACCCGACCUUUUCUCGGACGCUCCCUUCUCCCAUCCGUGUGCUGGUAACUGUCAUGAAAUAUUUCCAGUGGGCACAUGCCGGAGUCAUUUCCUCAGAUGAAGACAUUUGGGUACACACUGCCAACCGAGUUGCAAGUGCCCUUCAGAGCCGUGGCCUGCCUGUAGGGGUCGUCCUGACCACGGGACAAGACAGCCAGAGCAUGCGGAAAGCUCUGCAACAGAUUCGCCAGGCUGACAGAAUUCGCAUAAUCAUCAUGUGUAUGCAUUCUGCUUUGAUUGGGGGAGAGACUCAGACGCAUCUCUUGGAAUGGGCUCAUGAUCUGAAAAUGACUGAUGGAACCUAUGUCUUUGUUCCUUAUGAUGCCCUGCUCUACAGUUUACCUUAUAAGCAUACCCCCUACCAGGUCCUGAGGAACAACCCAAAGCUCCGUGAAGCCUAUGAUGCUGUGUUGACCAUUACAGUGGAGUCACAAGAAAAGACCUUCUAUCAAGCUUAUACUGAGGCAGCAGAUAAACAUGAAAUUCCUGAGAAGCUGGAGUUAGAUCAAGUUUCACCAUUGUUUGGAACCAUCUACAAUUCAAUUUACUUUAUCGCACAAGCCAUGAAUAAUGCUCUGAAAGAAAAUGGACCGGCUAGUGCUGCCAGCCUGGUUCAGCAUUCCAGAAACAUGCAGUUCUAUGGAUUCAACCAGUUGAUAAGGACAGAUUCAAAUGGAAAUGGAAUUGCAGAAUAUGUAAUCCUGGACACCAACUGGAAAGAAUGGGAACUCUAUAGUACUUAUACCGUGGACAUGGAAACGGAGCUGCUACAGUUCAGAGGGACCCCCAUUCACUUCCCUGGUGACAGUCCCCCUCGAGCAGAUGCAAAAUGCUGGUUUGCUGAAGGGAAGAUCUGUCGAGGAGGCAUCGACCCUGCCUUUGCUGUGAUGGUCUGCCUUGCUUUGCUGAUAGCCCUGCUGUCUGUUAAUGGAUUUGCUUACUUUAUAAGGCGUCGUAUAAAUAAGAUCCAGUUGAUUAAGGGACUCAACAGACUUCUACUGACUUUGGAGGAUGUGACCUUUGUCAACCCCCACCUUGGCAGUAAGAGAGGAAGUCGUGCCAGUGUAAGCUUCCAAAUCACCUCAGAAGUCCAAAGUGGGAGGUCCCCAAGGCUCUCUUUUUCCUCAGGGAGUCUAACUCCAGCUACCUAUGAAAACUCCAACAUAGCAAUUUAUGAGGGUGAUUGGGUGUGGCUGAAAAAGUUCCCCUCUGGAGGUUUUGGAGACAUUAAGUACAUCAAAUCGAGUGCAAGUGAUAUGUUUGAAAUGAUCAAGGACCUGCAUCAUGAGAAUAUUAACCCUUUAUUGGGCUUCUUCUAUGAUUCAGGGAUGUUUGCCAUUGUGACAGAAUUCUGUUCCAGAAGGAGCUUAGAAGACAUAUUGACAAAUCAGGAUGUGAAACUUGACUGGAUGUUUAAAUCAUCACUCCUGCUGGAUCUCAUCAAGGGCAUGAAGUACUUACACCACAGAGAGUUUGCUCAUGGGAGGCUGAAAUCUCGGAACUGUGUGGUAGAUGGGCGUUUUGUACUGAAAGUGACAGAUUACGGUGUUAAUGACAUCUUGGAAAUGCUAAGACUCUCCCAAGAGGAACCUUCUGCGGAAGAGUUGCUAUGGACGGCCCCUGAACUGUUGAGAGCCCCAAAGGGCAGCAGGUUAGGUUAUUUUGCAGGAGAUGUCUAUAGCUUUGCCAUCAUCAUGCAAGAAGUGAUGGUCCGAGGCACCCCAUUCUGCAUGAUGGAUCUGCCUGCCAAAGAAAUCAUAGACAGACUUAAGAAGCCUCCGCCUGUGUACAGACCAGUGGUUCCUCCUGAAUAUGCCCCUCCAGAAUGUCUCCAGCUGAUGAAGCAGUGCUGGGCUGAACCUGCAGAACAGCGACCAACUUUUGAUGAAAUACUUAAUCAGUUUAAAACUUUCAAUAAAGGGAAGAAGACCAAUAUCAUUGAUUCCAUGCUUCGGAUGUUGGAGCAAUAUUCUAGCAACUUGGAAGAUUUGAUCCAGGAACGGACAGAAGAGCUGGAAAUUGAAAAACAGAAAACGGAAAAGCUUCUAACACAGAUGCUACCACCAUCAGUUGCUGAAUCCCUCAAAAAGGGCUGCACAGUUGAACCUGAGGGCUUUGACUUGGUCACCUUGUACUUCAGUGACAUUGUGGGCUUUACCACCAUCUCAGCCAUGAGUGAGCCCAUUGAGGUGGUGGAUCUUCUCAAUGACCUGUACACACUCUUUGAUGCCAUCAUUGGCAGUCAUGAUGUCUACAAGGUAGAGACCAUUGGAGAUGCUUACAUGGUGGCCUCAGGGCUCCCAAACAGGAAUGGAAGUCGGCAUGCAGCUGAGAUUGCAAACAUGUCCCUAGAUAUCCUGAGCUCUGUGGGUACCUUCAAGAUGCGACACAUGCCAGAGGUGCCAGUCCGGAUUAGAAUAGGCCUGCAUUCAGGGCCAGUUGUUGCUGGAGUGGUGGGCCUUACCAUGCCCAGAUACUGCCUAUUUGGAGACACUGUGAACACAGCUUCUCGGAUGGAAUCAACAGGGUUACCCUACCGCAUUCAUGUCAGUCAUAGCACGGUGACAAUUCUUCAAGCUCUGAGUGAGGGCUAUGAAGUGGAGCUUCGAGGAAGGACAGAGCUCAGGGGCAAAGGCACAGAAGAGACUUUCUGGCUGGUUGGAAAAAAGGGAUUCACAAAACCCCUUCCUGUGCCCCCACCAAUGGGCAAAGAUGGGCAAGUGGGCCAUGGCUUACAACCAGUAGAGAUUGCAGCCUUCCAGAAAAGAAAAGCAGAAAGACAGCUGGUGAGAAACAAGCCAUAAGGAGUGAAAAGUUGUGAGAUUGGAAUCUUCUCUUGGUGAGGCAAUGGAAAAACUCACUCCAGUUCAACAAAUUGUUCUGCCUGGGCAAGAAAUUAAUGAAUUACUAUACAACCCUCUGAGGAUGACCAGUCUAUGGGGUUAUUCAAGCCUAAUUCCAGUGAAAGGGGGCUCCCGGAAAGUAACUUUAAUAAGUUUUGUUCAUUACACAGCUAUCACCAAAAAGGCCAUUUGAAUGUAAACUGCAAUGGAUAUGAAACCUAAGGAAGAGUAGAGAACCACCUCCAAGUUUAGUCAUUGCAAAACAGCAGGCCCAAUUUGGACUAAGAUAAGAAGGUCUCUAUUUUCACAGAAAAAAGUAGGAGGCACUUUGUUUUCUUUUUCAUUUUGUUUGAAUCUCUAGAAAGUAUUUAAUGAGCAUAAUUUAUAACUCAGAUACUAUGAGAUUAGUGCCAGGAAAAAAAAACUUCCAGCAAACAUACAUCUGAAUCUCAGUCCUCUGUGACCUCAGUUGACUGGAAUGCAUAGGAAGUAGAGGGAAGGAGAAGAGUCUGCUUAAUUGUGUUGUUUGGAUAAUUGAGGGCUAAGAAGAAGUUCCUUUGUUUUCUUAUUGCUUAUUAUUCAAAAUCUUUCCACAACUGUCAUGGUCUCUUUUCCUGUGUAAGUAAAGAGAAUCGAAGCAACAUAAUUGAAGUCUUUGCUAGAUAGGUGAGGAGCUCACUGGGCCUCAGGGUUAUAUUCUGAACAUGAUGGAAGAGAUGUAAGAGAUCUUGUCAGGGUAAAAGAUACAGAAGUAGUGGAUUGAAUUGAGCAAUUUCCUUUAAGUUUUAUUCUUUUUCUCCCUUCUCCUGCCGACCCAGCCUUUUAAGCCCCUACCCUGCUCCCUAAAA